UCUUGUGUCAUGCAUAUACUGAGAUAACCCCCUCUUAAUUUUCUGAUCAAAACAUAGCUAAGUAACAAUAUGGCGUUUGCAUUGCAUAACUAUGCUCUUGCUAUGCUACUUUUGGUUUUAGCCAUAAUCCCAUUUGAGGCCACUUGUGACUCUCAUCACCACCACCACCACCGUCGUCACCGCCGCCCCGCUCCCCCCCGCCACAAAUCUCUUCACAUGUCAUUGUUCCAGCAUGAAACCAUAAACAAAACAGGAUAUGUCAUAGUGAAUGGCGUUGAAGGAGGAGCAGAAACCACUGCUACCACGACCCCUUUUGGUACCCUUUUUGUGUUUCAAGACCCUUUAACUGCCAAAGCAAACAGAUCCUCCAAACAGCUUGGAACUGCAGAAGGAACUUCCAUCACUUCUGGUCUUGAUGGACUUAGCAGCAUUUCAGUUGUGAAGCUAACUCUACGUCUGAAGGAUCGCAAGGGCUCUAUUUCCAUCGUUGGAGGCACAAAUAACAUGAAGCGUUCAGAUCAUCCAGUUGUUGGAGGCACCAAAGAUUUCUUGUUUGUGCAAGGCUAUGUUACCUCUUCUCCAAUUAAUCUCAAGGGUUCUACGGUUGUCUACAAGAUUGGUCUGCAUCUUUACUGGCCUCCAUAUCCACCUCAAGCCUUCUAAAAAAUGGAUACUUCAGUUGCAAUAUGGAUCAACCUCAUCUUUUUUUUUUUUUUUUUUAUCUUCAUUUUGUUAUUGAUUUUUAAC